AUAUAUAAAACAAACUAUACCACUCUCUUAUAACUUGAAAGAGGAAGCUCCAAACACCAGAAUGGAAGAAAUAAAAUGGAUAAUACCAACUUCACUCUUCCUCCUAACUUUCCUCAUCCUUUUGAAAUUGAUUCAAAAGAAACAAAAGUACAAAAACCUUCCUCCUUCCCCGCCAUCUUUCCCACUCAUAGGCCACCUCCACCUCUUGAAACAACCCUUACAUCGAAGUCUCCACAACCUCACUCAAACCUACGGCCACGUCUUCUUCCUCCACGCCGGAAUACGCAACAUCCUCGUCGUCUCUUCACCAUCCGCAGUAGAAGAGUGUUUGUCAAACAAUGACGUAACAUUCGCAAAUCGCUCCGUAACACUUGCUGGAAAAUAUCUCAAUUACAAUAAUACAACAUUAGGGUUUGUUUCUUACGGCGAACUUUGGCGCAAACUACGUCGUUUAACAACUAUGGAGCUUUUCUCCACCAAUCGCGUUGCGAUGUUCGCGAAAGUUCGAGAAGAAGAGGUGAAAUUGUUGAUUAAGCAAAUAUUUGAAGGGUGCAAAGGAGAAAUAAUGUCAAAAGUUGAUCUCAAAACAAAAACUUUGGAGCUUUCUUUCAACAUCAUGUUGAGAGUGAUAUCCGGGAAACGAUACUAUGGUGAAGGUGAUGGUGUUGCCUUAGGAGGAAAGGAGUUUCAAAUUUUAUUGAAUGAAUAUAUAGAGCUACUUGGAAGUGGAAACUUGAAUGAUUAUUUUUCAAUACUGAAAUGGAUUGAUUUUCAAGGGAACAAAAAGAAGAUGGUGAAGUUGAUGAAAAAAAUGGAUACUUUUCUUCAGAAACUGGUUGAUGAGAAACGGAGAAAUUGGAGCAACGAAGAAAGAAAUAUGACGUUGAUUGAUGUUAUGUUAGACUUGCAGCAGAAGGAACCAGAAUUCUACACGGAAGAAAUUGUGAAAGGUGUUAUUCUGUUUUUAGGUUCUUCGUCUAGAACCUCAUUUGCAGAGAUUAAGGCACAGGCUAUAAGAUAUGCAUACCCAAGUCUCUGAGGUGGCUUGAUGACUCUUCUCUACCUAUCUCUUGACAAUAGACAGUCAUCGACAGUUUCCUCAACUUCCUCAGCAUCUUCUAAUUCUUCUUCGACUUCAUUCGGGAUAUCAAAUUCAGCAUCAAAAUGCUCCACCUCAACAAGAAUCUUUACCUGUUCCGGCUCUUCAUUAGAUAUUUUUGUACUUCGACCAACAUCAUCAGUUUUCUUAAAAGCCAUUUCAGCUUCAUUGAAAACUACAUCUCGACUGGUGAUACUCUUUUUGUGACCUGGCUCUAGGUACCAUAGCCUACAAGCUUUUACUCCUUCAGAGUAUCCCAUGAACAUGCAUUUCAGAGCUCAAGGUUCGACCUUGUCUUGCCUAAUGUGGGCAUAGGCUACGCAGCCAAAUAAUCUCAAUUUGUCGAGAUCUGGUGAAUGUCCCGACCAAACUUCUUCAGGUGUUUUCAUAUCUAACGUAGUUGAAGGACAUAUGUUUAUCAAAUAUGUUGCUAUCGAAACAGCCUUAGCCCAAAACACCUUUUUUUAAUCUAGCACUAGUCAACAUGCAUCUAACUCUCUCCCAAAUAGUUCGAUUAAACCUUGCAGCCAAACCAUUUUGUUAUGGAGUACCUGAAGUAGUUUUGUGUCUUGCAAUACCAAAGGUAGCACAAAAUCUGUCGAACUCCUCAUUACAAAAUUCAUGGCCAUUAUCGGUUCUCAACCUCUUGACCUUUCUGCUAGUCUGAUUUUCGACCAAAGUCUUCCAACUUUUAAAAUUCUCAAAAGUUUCAUCCUCAGUCUUCUGAAUGAAUACCCAUAAUUUUCUGAAAUAAUCAUCUAUUAUGGAUAGAAAAUACCUCGCUCCUGAAUGUGAUGGACACCUUGCAGGCCUCCAAAGAUCAACAUGGAUGUAAUCAAGGGAUCCAUCCGUUCUUUGUUUGCCUUUGUUGAACUUCUUUUUGCAAGGUUUUCCAAGUACACAUGGUUCACAAAAUUUCAGCUUUUUGACUUUUUCUCCACCAAGCAGAUUUUGUUUUCCCAAUUCGACUAGACCCUUUUCACUGGCAUGGCCCAAUCUCAUGUGCCAAAUUUCUAUCUUCGACAAAGUUUUCGUGGAUGCAACAUUUGUCGAACCACUUACAACUUCAGUCUCAAUGGUAUAUAAGCCUUGUUUCUUCACGCCUCUCAAGACUUUUUUCGACCCCUUCAUGACUCUUAGGAUAAUUUUCUCUCAUUGGAAAAUAUAUCCUUUCUUGUCGAAUUCACCAAGAGAAAUCAAAUCUCUCUUCAAAUCAGGAACAUAACUGACUUCAGUUAACAACCUUAUUGACUCAUCAUGGAGCUUGAAUCUCACAGAUCCAACACCUGCAAUCUUGCAAGCUUUGUUAUUUCCCAGUAAUACAGAUCCACCAUCUUGAUCACAUAAUUCCUCGAACAAGUUUUUGUUUGGAGUUAUGUACCAAGUGCAAUCUGAAUCCAUAAUCCACUCCUUACUCGAGUCACUGCUUAAAACCACAAGAACAUCAGAUGAUUCGAAAUCAUGUUGAACAAUGGUUGCAUUGCCAUUAUCCUUACCUUUAGAUCUUUCAGGCGUUCAGGACACACCAUUCUUGUGUGACCAUCCUUCUUACAAUGAUAGCAUUGAAUACCAGAUGCUUUGCAACUGUAAGACUUCUCUUGACUUUUACCUUUCUUCUUGUCGAACUUACCAUUCUUUCGCAAGAAUUUUCCCUUAACGGACAAACCUUCACCAAUCGUUGAAGGUUUAUGCUCCUUUCGUUUGUUCUAGUCCUUAGAAUAUAAGGCAGAUUGAACUUCUUCGAAGGUCAGAUACUCCCUUCUAUACAAGAGAGUUUCUUUGAAGUGAGCACGUGACCUAGGCAAAACGCACAACAAUAACAGCGCUUGAUCUUCAUCAUCGAUCUUCACAUUAAUAUUUUCAAGAUCAAGAAUCAGCUUGUUGAUCAUAUCCAACUGCUCAACCAACACUUUGUCUUUAAUCAUCUUAAAUGAAUACAAAGCUUGCUUCAGGUAGAGUCGAUUUACUAGCGAUUUGGUCAUGUACAAACUUUCAAGUUUCACCCAUAACCCAGAUGUCGUCGUCUCCUUCGAUACCUGUCGAAGAUCCUUAUCACCAAGGCUCAACAAGAUUGCAUUGUGGGCUUUCUCUAUCAUGGUCGUCUUUUCUUUUUCCGUUAAUGAAGCGUCCAUAGCUGCCACUUUCUUUAACGCUUAACAACCAUGCUGAACCAGUAGGGCUUUCAUUAUGCAGGCCACGCCAUGCGAUGGUAAAGCUUUUCUCGAAUAUAUAAAUUAUGUAUUAUGCAGGUUGUGUUAUAUGUAAUUAAAUAAAUAAAAACAUGUGUGAAAAAUAAAUAAAAAAAUUGUAAAAAUAAAAAUCGACUUCCAGUAUAUUUUUUUUAUUUGGUGUUGAA